UUUCAAUGCUUUGUCUCCUAUUUUGUGGAAUUUAUGGUCAAUCAACGAAGCAGAAAAUAAAAGACAUGAUUUUUCAGAACUACAACUCAUCGGUGCCCCCUGAAUCGGCCCAACAGCAUCCAGUUAAGCUGGCAUUGGAAUUUCUUAUAAAAAGUUUCGUAGUGGAGGACGGAUACUACGCAUCUAAUUACGAGACGUUAAAAACGAAAGGAUUAUUUCAAAUGACGUGGACUGACGAGCGUCUGAAAUGGAAUCCUUCAGAAUUUUCAUCAGAGCGCAGUGUGAUACUUGACAAGAGUGAACUUUGGCAUCCAUCGUUUGGCUUGGACACCACAUUCGAUGACCUUAGUGUUACAUGCACCGGUACUAGUUGCAUUGUACGCAGCGAUGGAAUGGUGUCUUGUAUUCCCCACUGCACUUUCCCAGCUACUUGCAUUGACAAUGCGCAGCGAUGGCCGUACGGAAUAUUGACCUGUACAUUGCUCCUGGGAAGGUGGAACCACAUCGAUACGGACGUGUCGAUAGCUAGCUUCGACACUGCGGUAAUCACGGAUCUCGAAAAGUUCAACAAAUACUGGCGGAUGCUUUCCAUCUCCAGCGAGUUGACCGAGAUAAGGAGCCAACUACACGGUAAAAAAUUUCCUCUAAUUCGGGUGUCGUUUUUAGUGGAGAGAAUUUCUUCAUUUUACGCAAUUGCAAUCGUAGUGCCAGCUAUAUCAAUGCUGACGUGUAAUUUGCUACCGUUGUGGCUACCGAUCAAUAGUAGCAUGCGCUAUAUGAUUCUUCUGGUCAUUCUCCACGCGCACUUUUCUUUUAUACAGCAGUUGUCUUGGCGGUUACCGAAAAAUGGUGAACAAACUCCUUUGCUGUUGAAUUACUUCCGCGAUUCUAUAAUUAUGACAACCUUCCUGAUAGUCUUUAUAACCAUAACUAAACGGUUAUCAAUGAAGCAGUGCCCUGUUCCUCGGUGGAUCGAUUUAGUUGUAAACACUAUUGGCUCACAACCUCUACUGGCAGCAAUUCUCCCUUCACCACUUGAUGCGUCAACUUGUAUGUCAAUGAAGCCAUAUGCAGAAACCGUCGCAGAUGAUGCCAACUUGGUUCACAGUGACAGACCGGAUGCAAUGGUUAUUGCGUCCAUUUACCAAUGGCAACGGAUUGCUUUGAUACUGGAACGUAUCUGCUUUAUCACAACCACUGUCGUCUACGCGGUAAUGCUGUUUUGUUUCAUCCCACUUGGAAAUGAAAGACCGGAACACGUCGUCGCACCUGUUCAACAAAUUUGGAAGCAGUAAUUUUAUAAUAU